AUGUCUCACUUGAUAAUCGUCUUUACACUUUUCCUGGUGUCGGCGUGUGCGGCCGCUGGCGCCCUGGGGGAGCCGGUGACGUCACCGCUGGCUGUGGCUGCGGUCCCCACGCUGCGGCAGCCGCGGGCCGACUACACAGAGUGCGACGGAGUGGCAGCUGGGCAGGUGGCUUGCGCCGACAACUGUCAGACGGUGCUGCUGUGCAUGGGCGGCUCCAUCGCGCCCACCGUGCUGGAGACGUGUGCGCCGCCGUCGGUGUGCAGCGCUGAGGAGAGGCGGUGCUCCACCAACACGACGACGUGCAGCCCGCCCGACACGAACAUCACGUGCAACGCUGUGGGCGUUUUCCCGGAUCCCAACGACUGUACCGUAUACCACAUGUGCAUCAAAACGGGCGACAACUCGACACGAGUGGAGUGCGACAACGGCUGGGCCUACGAUCCACUCACUGCCACGUGCAGGCUAAAGCCGACGGAUAGCGUGUGCACUGACCUCCCACUCAAGUGUACUGAACUCAGAGAGAGUAACGUAGUUCCAGCGAACCCCAGCAUAUACUACAUCUGUGUUCAGGACAAGAAUGGAAAGCUCGUUCCAAAUUUGUACAAAUGCGAGCAUGGGGAAAAUUACGAUCCGGCCACUUUCAGCUGCAUCGAUUCAACGAAAACUUGCGGCUGUGUCGAUUCAACUACAACUUCACCAAGUGCAACAGAAUCGCCUUCAAGUACAGCACCACCUUCCUCAGCUGACCCAACACCAGAACCCUCGAGUGACUCAACAUCGCCUUCCAGCGCAACACCAGCACCAUCAAGUGAUCCAAUAUCACCUUCCAGCGCAACACCAGCACCAUCAAGUGAUCCAACAUCACCUUCCAGUGCAACCCCACAACCCUCGACUGACCCAACGUUGCCUUCCAGUGCAACACCAACACCCUCAAAUACACCUUCAACAACAACUCCUCCAUCUGAUGGAAGUCCAUGUUCCACACCACUGGAAAAAGUUCCUGAUCCUGAAAAGUGCGACAGUUACUAUGAGUGCAGUGUUAUGUUUGUGUGGACUUACGUCCAAUGCAAUAAUGGUUUUUACUUCAACAGAGAGGACUUGGAGUGUAAGUAUGGUAACUGUCCAUACAGCUAUUCUUUUUGGAUGCAAUAAUAAUUUUUACUUUAUAAUCUCAA